ACAGAGAAUCACUAACAGUAACUGAGAAUCAUGGCAGAAGUAGCUCCAGCAGCCGCACCGGCUAAAGCACCGAAGAAGAAGUCCGUUACCAAGGCUAAGAAAGAUGGACCCAGCCUACCCAAACUCAUCGUGGCCGCCGUGGCCGACUCCAAGGAGCGCAAGGGAGUUUCUCUGGCGGCGCUCAAGAAGGUCCUGGCCGGGAAAGGCGUCGAUGUGGCCAAGGCCAACAAGCGCAUCAACACCGCCGUUACCAAGCUUGUGACGAAGGGAACUCUUAGCCAAACGAAAGGAACCGGAGCAACUGGGUCCUUCAAGCUCGCUAAGAAGGAGCCCACAGCCGCCAAACCGGCCAAGAAGGUGGUGAAGAAGAAGGCUCCCGCCAAGGCAAAGAAACCAGCCGCCAAGAAGGCCACAACACCCAAGAAACCCGCCGCUAAGAAAGCAGCAGCCAAGAAAUCUCCGAAGAAGGCAGCGGCCAAGAAAUCUCCGAAAAAGGCAGCGGCCAAGAAAUCUCCGAAAAAGGUGGUAAAAAAGAGCCCUAAAAAGCCCGCCGCUAAGAAGCCAAAGGCUGCUAAGAAGCCUGCAGCCAAGAAAACGGGAGCCAAAAAACCCGCAGCGAAGAAGGCCAAGAAGUAAACAACUUUUCUCCUCCAACCACUGCUUAAGGCACCAAAGGCUCUUUUCAGAGCCACCACUUAUACAAAUUAAGACAUGACUCCUGUAAAUAAUCUGUUUUUUUGUUUCCAACAUACACAUAUUUUUACAAAUAUAUCAACUGGAUUGACUGAAUGUUAAUGUUGUGCUCCAUAGGACAGCUAAAUACAAUUAUGAUUUUGAUAUUAACUAUUCUAGAAUAUGCCUGUUUCAAAGUAUUGAUCACUUUUAAAACAGCUGACAGUAAUAUACAGAAUUAUUUAAGAUUGACUCCUUGUAUUAAAACUGCAGCAAAUUAAGUUUUGAGUAA